GUUGUGAAAAGGUGGUGGCCCUCGGCUUUCACCAUCGCCCCCACCCUCCUCUCUCCUUCCCUGUUCAAAAUCUCCCUUCCUUUCCCAUACCCCUGCUCUAGUGCUCUUCCUCUUUCUCCUCCUUUUUUGACACCAUCCUCUUCUCCACCACGCGGGAGCUCCUUAUGGAGAUGGGGAGCAGGCCCAAAACAAAGAUAGUUUGCACCUUAGGUCCAGCAUCCAUGUCCGUGGAGAUGCUCGAGAAGCUGCUCAAGGCGGGCAUGAACGUCGCUAGGUUCAACUUCUCUCACGGUACCCAUGCUUACCAUCAACAGGUGCUGGACAACCUGCACGAUGCCAUGACCAAUACUGGUUUACUCUGUGCGGUCAUGCUUGAUACCAAGGGACCAGAAAUUCGAACUGGUUUUCUUAAAGAUGGAAAGCCAAUAAAUCUUACGAAGGGGCAGGAGAUCACAAUUACCACAGACUACAGCAUCAAGGGAGACACAAAUAUUAUCUCGAUGAGUUACCGCAAAUUAGCAGAGGAUCUCAAGCCCGGAAGUGUCAUCCUCUGCUCGGAUGGUACUAUCACGCUUUCUGUCCUGUCAUGCGACAAGGAACGCGGCCUUGUGUGUUGCCGUUGUGAGAACUCUGCGACUCUCGGGGAGAGGAAGAAUGUUAACCUACCAGGCGUGAUUGUUGACCUCCCAACUUUGACUGAGAAAGAUAAAGAUGAUAUCUUAAAUUGGGGUGUCCCCAACAAGAUUGACAUGAUUGCUCUUUCCUUUGUUCGGAAGGGUUCUGACCUUAUCGAGGUCCGGAAGCUGCUGGGAGAGCAUGCCAAGAAGAUCCUUCUCAUGUCUAAGGUCGAAAAUCAGGAAGGAGUCACCAAUUUUGAUGACAUCCUUGCUAACACGGAUGCGUUCAUGGUGGCCCGAGGAGACUUGGGCAUGGAAAUCCCCAUUGAGAAAAUUUUCUUGGCUCAGAAGGUCAUGAUAUACAAAUGCAAUGUCCAGGGGAAGCCUGUUGUUACUGCAACUCAGAUGUUGGAGUCGAUGAUUAAGUCACCUCGCCCCACGCGUGCAGAAGCUACAGAUGUAGCAAAUGCAGUACUUGAUGGGACCGAUUGCGUAAUGCUCAGCGGUGAGACUGCGGCUGGAGCAUAUCCCGAGCUGGCCGUGCGGACCAUGGCCAAGAUUUGCAUAGAAGCAGAAUCAUCACUAGAUUAUGGGUCCGUCUUCAAAACCCUCAUGCUCUCAGCACCCAUGCCGAUGAGCCCGUUAGAAAGUUUGGCUUCUUCAGCCGUUAAAACUGCCAAUUCAGCAAAAGCAGCAUUGAUCUUGGUUUUAACAAGGGGAGGAACCACCGCAAGGUUGGUGGCGAAGUAUAGGCCGGCGAUGCCAGUUCUCUCUGUGGUGGUACCUGAGAUAACCACCGACUCUUUCAACUGGUAUUGCAGCGACGAAUCACCAGCUAGGCACAGUCUCAUUGUAAGAGGGCUGAUCCCGCUGUUGAGCGCGGGAUCAGCUAAGGCUUCUGAUUCUGAAUCAACGGAGCACGCGCUUGAAUUUUCCAUUCAGUAUGCCAAAGAUAAAGGUCUCUGCAGUCCUGGCGAUUCUAUUGUUGCAUUGCACCGUGUAGGAACUGCUUCGAUGAUCAAACUAAUGACCGUCAAUUGAAGUUCUCGCAAACUGGCAGGAAUAACAGGAUUUUCUUUUUCCAUGUUUUUCUUCGUUCGUGUGUGUGUCUUGUCCUGUGGUCCUAGGGUCAGCUCUUGUCUACCUCAGGCGCUGCAUUUUUGUACGUUUUGCUAGUCCUCUAGCAGUUUUUGUUGUUUCUGGUAGUUCCUGAGAUUCCCGACAGAAAAUGCAGAUUCGUUUUUUUAUUAAUGUAAUAGUUGAGAAUGUGAAAGGAACAAGUUGAAUAAUCACAGAUCA